UAAUUAUUCCUUAUCUAAUUUGACAUGGAAUAUAUUUGUGCUAUAAAAAUUAGAAAAAAGGAACGAUGAGGAAUUAUUUAGGUCCUAUAUAUUAGUUUCUAUAAGUAAUAAACGUUCCUUGUAAAUGGUAAAAUAAUUUGAGAAUGAAGUGCAAAGUAGUAUUCAUUGUCACUACUUUCCUCAACUAUAGUCACCAGUAGUCACCAGUUGGACCCUUAGUAUUUUGAGUUGUUUCUAGAUUGCGUAUUCACACAAUUUUAAAGGAAUGUGUUAAGAUUAGAAGAUGCAUACAUAACAAAUUUAGGAAACUUUGAAAUCUGUAGAUAUUGUAUUCCCGAAUGUAGAAUACAUAUUGUAAGUUAGAUUACUGAUUUUUUAUUAAAUUAGAUUUCCAAACAAAUAUGGAAUUCAACUUCUACUAUGCAUUUUUGUAGAAUAUGAAAUCUGCUAUUCCUAAAAAGUUGAAAUAUUUACUUAAAAAGUUUAAGAAUCCCAAAAAUUACUACUAAAUUGAUAUGAGUAAUUUUUUUCAUUGUUUAUAUAUUUCAUAAUAUGUUUGGUCUAUAAAACUAUUUAUUUCAGUGGAAGCUCCAUUAAUUGAGGGUUCAUUAAUGUUUCUACGUUAGGAGGUCCAGGUUUCAAUUUCCGGAAAAAAAAACAAUAUAUUAAACAAUUAUACAGACUAAGGAGUAAAUACUUACAAAGGAUAUUUAAUGGAGUGCAAGUAAACCUAGUCAUACGCGGAUUUUCAUAAGACGGCUCAAAUGAUGCAGACUUAGACAUAAAUUCUCAUUUGGUUAUAAAAUCGUCUAUGUAUUCUUUUUAUAAUUGUAGUAUCAUAAUAAAUCAACGAUAAAAACUUAUUGACUCAUUAAUUUUGAUAAAUGGAAAAGGUAAUUAAAAUAAAAACAUGACAAAAAUGGUUUAUCCCAUUAGAACAAUCAUUGUGAAUUUAUGUUUUACAUUUCUAAUAUUCCAAAAAAUAAAAUUGUGCUUUAAACAAAAAAACGGAAACCCUAAACAUAUUUGCAAAUCAUAGAACAAUAGUUAGCAUGGCGGAUUGGCUAGGGAGACGUCGCCAGCGACAACGUCGUAAAAAAACUAGACACCGCAAAACCAAACGAGCAAAGGAUGUUCGUGGAGAUUUCAUCAGCUCCAUGCCAGAUGAGAUCCUUCACCAUAUUCUCUCCUUUAUCGUCACCAUCUCAGCCAUCAGAACUUCUGCCUUGUCGAGACGAUGGAGGCAUUUAUGGCGCGAGUUAACUUCUCUCUACAUCCAUGACUUUGGACCACAGGCUCGAGGGAUAAACCAAAUCCUUACUCACUACACAGCUCCCAAAAUCAUGUGCUUCCAUCUUGGUAUCUACAAUGAUAAUCACUCUACUGCUCAGAUUAAUAGCUGGAUCGAGUUCGCUAUGUCUCGCAGAGUCCAGGAUCUUUCUUUGACCUUCUUUAAUCACAGGAAGUAUACUUUUCCAGAUUUUUUUAAUCUUAGUUCUUCUAUAGAACAACUAAGCGUAAAAUUAAGGGAUAGACAUAUGAUUCCGGGAGCCACAGUGUCUUGGGAAUCGCUAAGGAACUUGUCACUGCGCAGAUGUCGUAUUCGAGAUGAAUCCAUUGUAAAGAUUAUUUCUGGCUGUCCAAAGCUUGAAUUCUUGGCAUUGUAUUACUGCGGUGUAUUUAAUUGUCUUGACCUGAGUAAGUCACUGAGUCUAACAAGAUUGGAAAUGAAGCACCACCGUUGGGGUUCACGACCAACUAAAAUUAUAGCUCCAAACAUCCAUUAUUUGAGAUUGGAAACCUCGGACACAUGUAAUUUAGUGGACGUCUCUUCUUUGACUGAGGCUUACCUUGAUAUUGGCAUUGAUGGAAACUUUUCUUUCCGGGUUGAUUUUCUUCUGACCAUGGUGUUAAAGAUGAUAGCAAAAGUGCAGAAUGUAGAGAGACUUACUGUUAGUAAAACAGUUCUUCAGAUUCUAUCUGUUGCUGAGAUCCGACGUUUUCCUUUCCGAGUGCUCAGAGACCAAACUUUGAUUGUUAAAAUAAAGUUUGUUCGAUCUGUUAUUCCUGGUAUUGCAUGGUUACUCCAAAAUUCACCCGGCUUAAAGAAGCUUAUAGUACACACAACGGACAAAGGCAGCAUGAUGGAUGAUGAAUAUGUUGACAGCUAUCUGGAUUCACAAGGCUUGAAAUUGGAUAAAUACUGGAGAUUGAAAUACGGUGCUUUUCCUACCUCAUGUGAGACGCAUUCGAUGUUGCGUUCUAAAGAUUCAACGUGGAAACUAUUGGCAUCGUUCAUAGAAUGUCUGCUGAGAAACACAAAGACGCUAGAGGCACUGGUUGUAUGGUUGGGAGGUUCUGACUUCAAUGUAAAAUGGUUUAAAGGGCUGCUCCGGAUGGUUCCAACACUUUCUGACAACACUAAUGUCUCCAUUAUGCUGAAACUAAGCAAUUGCUAAGUAUUUGCAUCCGUGUUAUAUUUAACCGGUUAUCUUUUACAGCACUUUGUAAUGAAAGUAUUUUUAUUGUAUAUAAAUUUCUGAGUGAAAGUUUCACAGUUGACUCUUCGGAUGUUCUAUCGUUUGUUUUUUUUUUGAAUUUCAUGUGUAUUAUACUUUUCUUUCUAAAAGCAUUUUCAAUAUAAACUCCAUUAAUUCUUCCUUCAUAAUUAAAUUAUUUUUGCUCUCUUGUGAAAUCUGUUUUUCAUUCUUUAUUUUUGACCAAUUGAUAAAUGUUACGUCCAGUUAUAUAUUCCCACGUUUUACUAACUAAUUGUCAUUAAAAUACAUAUAAAUAUAGAGUUAUUCUUCGGUUCACGAACUGAACCUGAAAAACACGAACCGGAACCGACCUAAAAAUAUCCGACCCGAAACCGAAGCAAAAAUUUACAAGUAUCAUUUGGAUCCAAAAUUCUUUUACCCGAAAGAGCUGGAACCGAAAUCAACUAACCGAACAGACCCAAGCCCAAAAAGAACCAACCCGAAUAGACCCAACCCAAUAAG